AUGCGAAAGGUUUACGCCGUAGAAGCUCCUCGACAAUUCAGACUCGGUCGUCCAUACUUACAGCUCCGGAGCCUCCGCCAUAGACAGAAAGUUGGCAAACUAAUUCACGACACAGGCAUAGCUUGGCGUCGGGUGGUAGGUGGUCGCCGGGCGAUAGCCGGUGGCCGCGGGGUGGGGGGCCGACGAGAGGGGGGCGUGCUCGCGGCUGGGCGGCGUCGACCAAUCCCCGCGAACCACCCACGCGCCCCGCCCACUUCACCUGCGCCUCACCAUUAA